CCCUGCCGCUUGCCCCAGGCCGUUGGUAAGGUAACGGAAGGGCGGAGUUGCGGCCGCUUCGGGCCCCUGAAGGGGUGAGAAGAGGAUCCCACCCACGCUGUUCAACUCUUCUCUAACGAGCCAUGUCUGACCAGAAUGACGACGAGGCCGGGAAGGAUGGGGCCUUUGCGGCUGAACACCUGGCAGCCGAGUCCAUGGCUGCAGACAUGGACCCCUGGGUGGUUUUCGACGCCCGGAAGACCCCGCGGGCCGAGUUUGAGGAGUGGCUGCAGACCUACCAACCGUCCCGGGUGUUCCGGUUCGGAGAUCCCGACCGCAAUGCAGAACCGGUGGGUUGGAUCGCCAUCUAUGGGCCCAGCUUCUGCCCCGAGGGCGGAGACGUGGUGGGGCUGCAGGACGACUGGGAACGUCUCCAGGUCAGCGGGCGCCACGUCACCUUUGACACCGUCAAAGAGCUCGCCCUGAACCGGCGGGUGCUGACGGGGAAGUGGCUGAUGCACCUGGACAGCGGCUUCAAGGUAGACCACGCCUGGUGCGGCAUCGCCCGCGCUGUGCUCGACGGCCGCAUCGGUGUGGCGAAGGUUAGCCCCUGCUGCCCCGACUCGGAGCGCAAGCAGGUCAUCUGCGUCUACACGGACAACUUCACCGACGAGGAGCAGGUGCUGGUGGCCGAUGGCAUCAUCCGCGCUACGGGCAUCAAGUGCCUCUUGUCCUACAAGCCCGACGUUUACACUUACCUGGGCAUCUACCGGGACAACCGCUGGCACCUCUGCCCCACCAUCUACGAAAGCAAGUUUGACCUGGAAUGUAUUCCCCGCCGCUCCCGCAUCAUCAACAAAGUGAGCGACACAGAAGUGACUUAACUUGCCUCCCCUGGCACGGGCCGCUCUCCUGGGGAACAAAAUUGGAGUACAAAAUUCCCACCAUGUAACGCUCACUUGCUUCCCCUCCCACCGACUUCUUAAGCAGCUGCUUGGAGGAGGUUGCUACCAACCACAGGCUGCUGGGAAAAGAACUUUUGGGGACAGGAUUUUCCUAUUUUCCUGCAGGGUCAGUCUUGUUGGCUGCUGUGCCGAACAGGCCAUCUUUGUGAUGCCACAUUGAUGAAUUUCUCUCUGAGCUGCUCACCAGCGUGUGCUGCCCUUGAAACUCUUCCUAGGAGUUCAUCUCUGCACUCUUUUCCCUCUCUAGCCUGCAUGUAUACCGCUACAACGCCUGGGGGUGUACUAGUGACUCCCUUCUCUUGCUGUUAUUUUCGUAUUAAAACAUUUACAGCUACAGAAGCACUCAUUUUUAAUUAUUAUUAUUUUAAAAGGCAGAUCAGUAGAAAGAAUUGCUGCGGUGGUCCGAAAGGAAAGGUGUGGUAAAGUAAAACAAGUUCUUAAGUGAGCGGCCUUUGGUGGCGUAAGAGCAUACAAGCUUUUUAGCAACACAGAUCUGUUCAAUUUGCAGUGUUAACCAGUCACUGGAAAUGUCCCAUGAAAUGCAGAAGCUUGGAUGCCCUCAUUCCGAUCUAACAGAUGAUCACAUUUUACCUACUUCUCUGGCCUUUGUUGGGGGAAAAGCCAUUUCUACAGCUUGAUGUGUCAAGGGAAGUUUUUCUUGAGAACCUUCUCUUAAUGCUGCAGCAGAGGGGCAAAAUAUAGACACUCCCAAGUAUGUGUGCAGUCUUGGUUUAAUUGUUCCUAAUGAUUGGGUCCUACGCUUCACCACCAACCUCACUGGAGUUCAAAAUCCCACACCUCUGCUCAGAGGGAAAGAUCUGUUUAACAUUUCUGGCCUUUUAAGGUGGUGGAAAAAAUGACUCAUAAUGCAUUCACUUGUAAAUAGGUUGAAAAUAAAGUAAUUUCCUCCUCUGA